ACCAUGUUACAGUAAACUUUGCUAGAAGUGGCGGGCCUGGGGGUCAAAAUGUCAAUAAAGUGAACACCAAGGUGGACAUGCGGUUUAAUGUUAAAACUGCCUAUUGGUUAAGUGAGAGGGUUAGGGAGAGGAUUAUGCAAACGGAAAAGAAUCGGAUCAACAAAGAUGGGGAGCUUGUGAUUUCUUCGACAAAGACCAGAACACAAAAGGGUAACAUUGAAGAUGCUUUGGAGAAACUACAGGCAAUCAUUGAUGCGGCUUCGUAUGUCCCCCCACCUCCUUCAGAAGAGCAAGUAAAAAAAAUUGCCAAGAUGGCUGCGAUUGGAGAGAAGAAAAGGCUUCAAAGCAAGAAGGCUCUUUCAGAGAAGAAAGCUUUCAGAAGAAGCCGAGAGAGUUGGGACUGAUCACCAGAUCAUUAGGUCUUGUAUACUGACAUUUCUACACAUGUAAGCUUCAUUAUCUUCCGCUUGGAAACCUUUUGUAGUUGCUUAUGAUGAACAACAUGUAGUUGAUGGGAUCUAAUCACCAACCUUGGAAACCAGUUAGGCGGAAUUUGAAUUUUGGGAUUUAUAGAGGAAAAAGUGAAAAAAAAAUCGAUUUCUUCCAGUUUUCCCUUUCCUUUUCUUUUUAUUUCACAAACCCAGAUUCAAAUUCAACCUAACUGGUUUCGAAGGUUAGGUAUUUUCAAACUA